AACAAGAACAAGAGCGUGUACAACUUUUCUUAUGGCACCCUCAUGGUAUUCUCGCGAUAAAAAUAUUUGCCACGACAGCGUCAAUCGGCUUGCAAAGAACCAAGUUUGCUCACUUUGAACUGACUUAGCGAAGGCAAACAGCGAUAAUCCGCAGAGAACAUGCCUGAGGCCAAUAUCUGACGCACUGGGGCACAACAGUAAAUGACAACUUAUCAAGAACACGUCAAAUUUUCAUACAAUAUAAAUCGAUAUCAGUUCCCAGGGGACCCGGUUCAAGAAAAAACCGUCGAUCUAAAUGGAAUUUCGGACGUUGACAAUGUCCUCUGGCUUUGCACUACUUUUAAAACAUGUUUAACAUUCUUUGACAAGUAGUGUUGUUCUGAGGGACGAGAACGAGAAGUAAAUCAUGGCGCAGAAUGGCCGCGACUGUAGAACGUUCUAUUGCCGAGAAUGGGUGUUUGAAAAAAUCCAAGCUUGUGUUGAACGGAGAAAACAGCAAGAAGAUACUAAAACGAAAGGGGCUUUUAUUUUAGGAGGACCCGGCUCGGGAAAAACAACAAUUUUACGAGAACUUGUGUGUCCGACAACUGAAGAUGGUGUUCAAACGGAGUUGGCGAAGAAGGUUGUUGCUUCUCAUUUCUGCCAAGCCCAAAAUGCAAUUUCUGUUUCUGUUGCAGACUUCAUAUUAAGUCUUGCGAGGCAGCUCGCUAAAGCAGAGGAGCUGAAGGCGUACGCUGCUAAAUUCAACGACCCCCAAAUUCAAAAUCACCUUAAAAGUGAACAGUGUAUUCGAAAUCCAGAUCGUUCUUUUAAAGAAGGUAUACUACUGCCUCUUAAUUCGCUUCCACCGCCUCAAGAAAUCUUCUUGGUCUUGGUGGACGCCAUUGAUGAAUCUUACCUACAUUCUUUCGAUUCCGGCGUUGCAUCUGGCAGCCGAACUGUUGCUGAAUUAAUGGCCACACACCACGAUUUACUCCCUUCUUGGCUCUUUCUGGUGGUCAGUGCAAGAAAGCAAUCGAAAACAGUCACUAGAAUGUUCACAGGAUUUCGAAAGUUUACUUUAGACGAUCUUCGGAAGGCGCAUGUGGUUAAGGACAUUCAACAGUACAUUUUGAAUCGCUUAGACGACGAGCCCAGUUUGAGAAAACACCUAACCCGAGAAACGGCCGAAGCAUUUAACCAGCUUCACAUCAAAAGCAACGGUUGUCUUCUUUAUUUGGAAAAAUUGUUAGAUGGAGUGGUAGAUGAAUUUUUUACCCUAGAUGAGACCCAGGAAAUUCCAGGCACUUUGUCUGGUCUGUACCUGUGGCUUUGUAACAGGUUAUUCACAGAGGAACAAGUUGACAAGAUCAGGUUGGUCUUGAAUGUUAUUUUAGCAGCUCAAAGGCCUCUUACUGACUCUGAAGUGUUCUAUGCAGUCUGGACAAAAGACACAGAUCUAACUAUGGAAGACUUUUUGGAAACUCUUGACUUGAUGUCACAUCACAUUCUCACUGAUCACAAUGGUGUGAAAAGCAUAUCCCAUCUGUCCUUUGCUGAGUGGCUCUUGGAUGCAAAGCAUUGCACACCAAAGUUUCUUUGCAAUCCAGCAGAUGGGCAUGCCAUGCUAGCAUUGCACUAUACUCAACUCUCUCAGAAACAACAGCUGGCCCAUCCACACCAACUUGCCUUCCACUUGAGCCGUGCAUCUUUUAGGGAGUUUUUCACACAAGACCACCUUGCUCUAUGGCUUCUGUGGAGUGGAACUCAAAUCUCAGACAUCCAACUUAACACAGAUGCCCUGAAUCAAGAGGUUGCACAGCUAUUACUAAAUGCUGGUGCCAAGGUUAAUGAACUUGAAGAACAAGCUGCUUUGCUUCCCUUUGCACCAGAGACAGAAGAUUCUGUCAAAGCUCUGUUGGAGAAAGGAACAUCUGUUGAUCGGGUUGACAGUUCCGGUAGAACAUUGCUAUGCAAUGCUGCAUUCAAUGGUAAUGUUGACGUAGUACGACUUCUUAUCAAACACGGUGCAAAUGUCAACUUUUCAGACACAUCUGGACAGUCUCCACUAAUGUUAGCAUCAAGGCAAGGUCAUAAUGAAAUUGUGUACCUUCUUGUGAACUGCGGUGCAUCAGUUAAUCACUGUGCUGAUGAUGGAUGCACUGCAUUGAGGGCUGCAGCGUCAGGUGGGCACACUGAUGUUGUGUCUGUUCUUCUGGAUCACUCUGCUGAAGUGGACUUGGCUGAUGAUGAUAAACGUACCGCAUUACGCGGUGCAUCGUGGGGUGGUCACAGUGAUGUUGUUUUACAACUACUUCAGCGUGGGGCAAACCCUAAUCUUACUGACAAAGAAGGAAGGACAGCAUUGAUUGCUGCAGCUUACAUGGGUCAUAAGAAAGUUGUAGAAAUACUGCUGGAUCAUAAAGGAGAGAUAAAUCAUGCAGACAAUGAUGGAAGAACUGCUUUAGCUGUAACAGUUCUCUGUGUUUCAUCAAGUGAGAAUCACGAAGCUGUUGUUGACCUUCUAUUAAGGUGCGGUGCACAUGUUGAUCAUCCUGAUUUUGAUGGCUUAACACCACUAUGUGUUGCUGCUCUAGAGGGAUAUUACAAUGUGGCCAAGUUGCUGGUCAAAGCCGGGGCAGACACAGGACACUGGGACAGAAAUGGACGGACACCUCUGUUUGCAGCAGCUGCUAAUGGUCAUUGCGAUAUUGUUGAUUUGCUUUUGGCAACUUCAGAAGAUAGGAAACCUGAUCCCUUGACCUGGAUGUCACCAACAUUUUCAAUGUUCCGUCCAGACCAUAGUGGCUGGAACCCAUUGAUGGUAGCUGCCAAUCAAGGGUACAAAGACGUAGUUUGUUCUCUUCUUGCUACAAACCUUGAUGUCAAUGCAGUUGAUCCUGAUGGUAGGUCUGCUCUGAUGUUAGCAGCACAGGAAGGCCAAGUUGAUGUUGUGUCAGCACUAAUUGAGCAUGGUGCACCCAUUGAACAGGCGUCUUCUGAUGGUCGCACAGCAUUGCAUUUUGCAGCCAUGGAAGGGCAUGAGGAAUGCAUCCAGCAUCUAGUAAAUCUUGGAGGAGAUGUCAAUCAUCAGGACAGUCUUGGACGCACACCACUGUUUGCCGUUUCCAUAGAGGAAAACAAGCAGAUGGUGGAACUGUUGUUGGAUCUUGGAGCUUUUGUUGACUGCAGGGACAUGGAAGGAAGGACACCUCUUCAAGCAGUAGCGUGGAAGGGAGCUUAUGAGCUUGUGGAGCUCUUUAGUAACAGAGGUGCAGCUAUUAAUCAUGCAGAUUGCGAAGGACGCACAGCUUUGAUGUCAGCAUCAUGGAAGGGCCAUGUUUCUAUUGUGCAGUUGUUAAUUCAAAAGGGAGCAAAAGUGGACAAAAUGUCCCAAGAAGGAGCUACAGCCCUUUGUAUCGCAUCACAAGAAGGUCAUGAUGAAGUUGUGCAAAUGUUGCUGGAGCAUAAUGCAAACAUGAAUCAUGCUGAUAAGCUGGGAAGAAGUCCGAUGCAAGUUGCUCACGAAGCUGGUCAUACAAGAGUGACCAAAGUUCUGGAGGCUUUUAGCGUGAUGAGAUUGAAUGAUGGUAAUUUUACCAGUACAUUGAAGAGAAAGCUAUCAUCAGCACAAUCAGAAAGUAGCAGCACGGUCUCAAACAGUAGCCUGGCAGAGAAGCCACAAAGAUCAGACAGUGUUUCAUCCUCAAAUAGUUCUGAAUCUCCUGCUGCUUCAAGAAAGGAACUUCUAGCACCAGGUUCAACUCAUACCCUUGGAUCAAAUGGAGAAAUUCUUGAAGAAAGGCGUUACUCUGCCAGCUUCCAUGACUUGCACACUGUUCAGCCUAUCAAGGAGCCAUGGAAUAGGGCCUGCCCACCCUACACAUCCGAAUUGGAUGUAGUGAAACCUCCCCCUUACACAGAGAAACCUGUCGGAACCUCUCUUGUGGAAGAUGAUGUGGUAACUGUUGCAACUGUGCCUUCUCCAUCCAGCAAACAAAAGCAGUUUACCUUGCUCCACAAAAUGAAGCAAAAGGGUAAAAGUGCAUUCACUUCCAGUGGUCAGGGAAAACGUGGAAAGGUGAUUGGCAAGCUUAAAAGUCAAGGUGAAAAACGUGGAUUUUUCUCUGGCAUUAAACAGCUUGGUGGAAGUGCCUCUGGUGCUGGUUCGUCCAAAUCCCGAGAGGGAAAACUGGGAAAUUCAAGGGGUUCAAAUGAGUCCAUGGAAACGAAAAUCUAACUGUUGUUACUGUGGGCUUUGUGCUUGGCUUUCACAUUUUAGUAGCUAAAUUACUAAGUGGAAAAAAGGUUUUGUUUGCUCUUGACACAACGGAGCACACUGCUGUACCAACCUUUUACGCUAGUUUUUUUUUGUGGCAAAUUUAUGGUCUCUGUUAAUGCAACACAAUUUGAAAAGGAUCAAUUUUCAGGCAGGGUCUAAUCCUGUGGAAUAUAUAUAUCUUAUUAACCAAGCGCGAGGGCCGUACUGGGAGAAUAUCGGCCUGAGGUCUUGACAGU